AUGAUUGAAUUACCAGAAUGUUAUCAUGUGUUAGGGAUUUCUCAUACUGCUUCAGAAAAGGAAAUCAAAAGAGCAUAUCAUAGAGAAGCAUUGAAAUAUCAUCCGGAUAGAAAUCAUGAUGUAUUGUCAAAUCAACGAUUUCAAAAGAUCAACGAGGCAUUUGAAACGUUAACGCAGCAAAGAAACACGUGUAAUGAUGAUGAUGAUGAUUCUGACACGCAUCAAUUUGCGGAAGAGCUAUUUAAUCAACUCUUUUCGAAUGAAUUGAAAUCAUUCGAUAUUUCCAAGGAAACCAGAACAACCACCAACACCCAUACCACUGCUACAACAACAACAACAACAACAAUAAAAAUGCAAGAGAUGGACGUUUUUAGCAAUAACAAUAGUAUUUACAGUAAGAAGGAGCAGGAGGAUCCAAGCCAUCAUUCAUCUCUGUUUUUCCAUUUCUUUCCUGAAUAUCAGUCGUGCGCUAACCAACAACAAACGAAACCUUCCAGCCAUAAGCGCCCUUUAUACAACCAUUCUUCCUUCAAAGAAGACGUAUACAACCGUCGUUGUACAGCUGCAAAGAAAUCAAAACUUACGAAAACCGACACACGACCGAGUCAGAAGGAGAUCAACGUCACCUCCCCUGACCCCAUUCGCCUUACUCCUCCUCCUCCUCCUCCUCCUACUACUACUACUUCAUCAAGUCAACCAUCUUAUACGCGCUUUGGUGACAAUUUAUUUACAACGCUCCAUUUAUCUAUGACAGAGGCGCUCUCAGGAUUUAAAAAGCAAAUACCAAAAUUUUGCAGUCAUGACCAAUAUUAUCUCAUCGAAAACCAUCAUCGGGUGAUACAGUCGGGUCAGAUAGACGUCUUUGUCGGUCAAGGUGUACUAAAUAAAAUAACUGGCACCAAAGGAAAUUUGAUCGUUCAAUACCAAGUACAGUUCUCUGCCGUGUAG